AUGCACUUCAUGAUCCCUCUUUUUGUUUUCAUUACGGCUAACAUCUGGGGUAUAUAUAGCAGCAUCCCAUUUACCAAUAUCAACCCUUCACGCUCCUUCCUGGACCGUGCCUUGGGUGGAGUCCAAUUGGCGAGCACCGUGUAUACAUUUGAGCAGAUUCCAGGCCUAAUCAAUGCUGAAGCUACCACACGACAUAUCAUGGGAGAGAUUUACGGGGUUUGCAAUGCCACCAUGGUGUCUGAGACAGGAUCAAUGGUGACAAUUCAUGCCGGCCCCAGACCAUCGGCUGCUCCGUUGACCGUUUCUUCUGCCAUGCCGCCACGGCCUCCCUCCCAGACCCCCAGAUCCGUCCAUCCACCUCUACCGGAGGUACCAUUAGAUCCGUUUCUCGACAGCCUGGUCCCAAUCAUGCUGUUUAUAAUAUUGGCAGCAGUCGCUGUCCUGAUGCUCAAGCAAUACGACCAAGCCGGGGGACUGGCAGCCCUUGUCAAUGAGAUACACCACUCGCAGGUAGUUCAGAACAAUAUCUGGCUUGCGACGUAUAAUAUUGCCGAACAGCUGCAGCGUGUCCACGAAGACUCUCUAAGCAUCCAUCAAAGCCUCCACCGCCUAGAAGAGAUUGCAAGCAGAUUGCAGGCGCCGUCCCGAGUUGAAUCGGCCCGCGAGCAGGCUGCUUGCGAGCAACCCCACGAUAAUGGAGGUAGUGGCACCUCUCCGGACGGGAGCAACUCGGACAUGGAUCAUAUUCUGCACGAUGUGAUGAAUGGCAUCGACACGCUCCGCCAGUGCAUUGACAGGAACACAGAGAUGUGGGAUGGGUUUUCUGAGCGGGUAGUAGUGUGUCAUGUGGCUACCCAAGAUACACAGCCGAGUGACUCCAGCGUGAAUGAUUCGAAUGGUUCCCCGGCAGGAGGUUGUGUACAGACUGGGUGA